GCGCUCUUUGCCCAUCUAUCUGAUGUGCCCGAAAAAGAGUCCUUCUGACGAGCUUGCAGGACACCCCAGUGGAGAUCGUGCCGCAGCGUCCGAAUCUUGUCUCGGAUAGUUCUCAAGCCCUCAUAUCUCGUGUUUGUGCUUCUUUCGCAGACGGAAGCCGAAAUGCAGCUCGAAGCGACAAUGACAACGAUAACCUCUGCUGGUGAUAAUCUUGACCUGAACUCAGGAAACGUCCCGGCAUCGGGCGAAUGGCGUGCCAGGUUAUGUUUGUCCUCCCCCAUCGUGCGGCUUCAGUAGCGUCGACUUUCACAUGUUUGUUCGGGAGGCUGAUCGAAAUCGAUAUGCCUUCUGCCUGCGAUGCUCUGCGGAUGGAAUACAUGCGACGCCGGGAACAAGAUGCGAUCUGGCCAAGACUCUUCUCUCCCUCUUCUCUCCAUUGCCGAACCGGAGUCUGCAUCCACUGGUGGGGGACAAGGGCGAUGACGCAUCCAUUGCGCAAAUUCCAGACGGGGAUGCCGAUGGGGAAGACGGCUGCUGCAAGAGAAGCCGCUUGGCCUGUUUAUGGGUUUGGUGGCGGGAGGGGGGCAGGUUGCCCCCACGGUCCCAAUGAGGAACAGCCGGGGUGUGCAAGCCAUUUGCGACUGCGGAUGUCGAAGGUCGCGACAGAUCUUGUGUCCGGAAUCGUCCGUCGGUGUUCCCGACAUACAUCUAGAUCUCUCUCUGUCCCCCUCAUCAUCGGUGGGCCCAUCUGCAGACUCUGACGCAGGUGGGAGAAACGAAAUCUGGGUAUUGAUAUUCCUGGUGUCCUGCCGCAGAUUCUUACGCAGACAAGACUUGACCAACUGUGACUAUCUGAGGGCUGCUGCUGAAAGCUUCGUCUUCUCUUGGAGGCCAAGUGAAGCAAAAUGUAAUGGGAAGUUCUGGCUUGCCAGUGCUCAGCAUUUUCGUCUCCGUCCCUCAUAGGAGGUGGACUGGGCACUCGGCGCAAGGAUAUGUUCCCGAGCUUCACAGAUAUUGACC